AUGGCCGAGCGGUCUAAGGCGCUGCGUUCAGUGUCAUCAGAAUUCUAUGCCUCGUCAAAACCUGAAGCUCGCGAGGAUUGGGAGCGCAUUGUCGGUGGUAUCAAGGCCGCUAACGGGUCCAUUCCCUACCAGGUGUCGCUCCGCAUCUGGGGUGUCUGGCACUUCUGCGGCGCGUCCCUCGUCACUCCAAGGGUCAUAUUAACUGCUGCACAUUGCGUUGACAGAAUGAAACCAGAAUAUUUCAAAGCGGUAGUCGGAACUAACCAACUGCGGGCUGGAGGCAAAGGAUACGACAUUCGGAAGAUCGUGGUUCACGAGGAAUAUGAUGACUACAUCAUAAAGAACGACAUAGCUAUACUGUUUACCGAAGAAGAAAUUGACUUUGGAAGUAUAGUUGAUGCUGUGGAACUGAAUGAUGAACCGGUUGAAAAGGGGGAGGAACUGGUGUUGACGGGAUGGGGGACUACUUCGUACCCCGGCCGUCUUCCAAACGACCUGAUGCAGCUGGAACUGCGCUCCAUCACUUACGAGGAAUGCAAGGAGGCGCAUAAGAGCGUCAACGCUGUCUUCGAGACUCAGAUAUGUGCGCUCACCAAGGCCGGAGAGGGAGCUUGUCAUGGUGACUCCGGUGGGCCGCUGGUUCGCGAAGGAAGACAAAUCGGCAUAGUAUCCUGGGGAAUACCAUGCGCUAGAGGAAAACCUGAUGUCUAUACCAAGGUGGAAGCCUACAUGCGGUGGAUAGAGAAGACUCUAUACGACGACGAUAUGGACCACGUUCGGUACAUACACGAGCACAAACACGGACACAAGCACAGGAAGACAAACAGACACUGAUAUGUUGCUACUGAGGGUGUAGGUACGGGAUAAUAUGUGAAUAAAUAAUUAUAUAAUUUAACGGGAAGAGUUGUUUUAAUCUUGUUAACUUUCUAAUACUUUUUAUUAUGAUAUAGUAUUUGAGUUUACAUAUGAGCUCGAUAGAUGGCGUUGGGGUCGAAUUAGAUCGCGAUAUGGUUUGGUUACACGACGGAAUA